AAACUCAACUGCGACCUUCACUGAAGCAAUUUUGUUGGCUCUCUGUUUGGCUUUUGUUUACUGAUUAAUCACUUUUUGCAUUAAACAAAAUGAGCUUCGCAAUGAGAUUUCAAUUAAAAUUUUAGUUACAAAUAAAUUUAAGAAUAAACAAAAAACAAAAAGAAAUUUUUAUAUGUCUCAAAUAGCCUCAGGCAUUCUCAAAAUAAAAUGUCGAAUUGUGAUAUUAGUUUCCACUGCCUCCUGUUAAUUUUCUUACCAAUUUGUGCGGCACUUACGCCCGCAGAAAAGCCGAACAUACUAUUGGUAUUAACAGAUGAUCAGGAUGUAGCACUGGGUGGAAUGAUGCCUAUGAAGCAAGUACAAGCACUAUUGGGCAAAGAAGGUGCAACAUUCAACAAUGCAUUUACUAGUUCGCCGUUAUGCUGUCCAUCACGUGCUAGUCUACUAUCAGGAAAAUAUGCGCACAAUCAUCGCACAACAAAUAAUUCUUUAAGUGGUGGUUGCAAUGGUAACUACUGGCUCAAAAAUAUCGAGCCGCAUGCUUUGCCAGUUUUAUUACAAACUGCGGGUUAUCACACAUUCUUCGCCGGCAAAUAUCUCAAUGAGUAUCGUGGGGAAAAAGUACCUCCCGGUUGGAAUGACUUCCACGGAUUACAUGGCAAUUCAAAAUAUUAUAAUUACACUUUACGUGAAAAUGCACAAAACGUUAGUUACACGGACACUUAUUUAACUGAUUUGCUCAGCAGUAAAACCUUGGAGUUUUUGGGAAAACCAGAACUUGUUAGUGCACCAUUUUUUGCAAUGGUCGCCACACCUGCACCACACGCGCCUUUUAUACCUGCAGAACGUCAUCGUAAUAGUUUUGCUAAUAUUGAAGCGCCACGUACACCAAAUUUCAAUCACAUCUCUGAAUCACUUGAAAAACACUGGUUGGUGGGCAGUUCUAAACUUAUACCAACAAAAACGCUCAAAUUAAUGGACACGUACUUUCAACAACGUUGGGAAACCUUAUUGGCUGUUGAUGAACUAGUAGCUACAGUUUGGAAACUUUUAGCUGAUCAAAAGAAAUUAGAUAACACUUAUAUUAUCUUCACAUCUGAUAAUGGCUAUCAUAUCGGACAAUUUGCACAACCUUUCGAUAAACGGCAACCAUAUGACACUGAUAUACGCAUACCACUGUUAAUGAGUGGUCCCACCAUACCAAAGGGUGUAGAAAUAAAUGCGCCCGCAGUAUUGGUGGAUUUAGUGCCAACUAUACUUGAAUGGGCACAACUAUCAGACCAAACAAAUGGUGAUGGCGAAUCGUUGCAUGCAUUGCUGGUAAAUGCUGUUGGGUAUGAUGCUUUACUUGAUAAACAAUACACGCGAAGUUUGUUAGUACAACACUGGGGUGAGGGCAAUGUUGACACAUAUAAUGCAGAAUGUCCUUGGAGUAAGAAAGAUCGGUUGACAGAGUGUACCAUAGAAGGAGCUUGCCAUUGUCAAGAUGCUUGGAAUAAUACAUAUGCGUGCAUACGUCAUUUUAGUUACAAUACAAAUAGAUUGUAUUGUGAAUUUCGUGAUAAUGAGAAUUUUGUUGAAGGAUAUGAUGUAGAUGAUGAUCCUUUCCAAAUGACAAAUAUGGGUUAUGAGUGGUUACCUAUAGAACGCGCUUUAUACAGUUUAGCUUUACAAAAUUUAACAAAAUGCGCAGGACCUUCGUGUCGGGACGUACAUAUUUAGAAACCUUUUGCUUUUUUGUACCUCCAAUUCUGUUCUCAUGAUGAACCAAAAAUUUGAAAAACUAAGUCGAAAUUAUAAGAAUUGUUUAAAAAAUAUUGUUUAAAAAUUAUCUCGUUAUUAAUAUAAGGGUCAUAUAAAUUUUUUAUUAAACCAAUUAUAGUAUGUUAUGAUUUAUCGCUAAAUUGUAAGUAAAAUAAUAGAAACAUCUAUGUAUCGU